AACUUUUAUAUUUCAUGGAUACACAAUUAGACAAAACUGAUAAUAUUUUAAAGUUUGAAAUCAGUUUAUAUUCUUUCCUCCUCAAAUCCAGAACGUUUUUUUUCAGUAAAUUAAAAGUUUAUUUGUAUUGAAGAAAAAACAUCAGAAUAAUUCGGCAAAUACUGAUCGCAAAGGAGAGCAAAGAUAUGGAAACUAAGACAAUUAAAAAGGUUAAAACCAAAAGAUCGAAAAGAUGUGAAUAUGAUAACCAGAAUAUAAGCAUGAGGAGCAGUUUUAAUAAAUUUGAUGAGCUUGAAAAGCAAAAUUUACUUCAUCUGCUACCCAACGAUGAUAAAAAGUUGGAAGUACAUAAAAAUUCAACAAUUGAGAAAAAUGCUAUGUGCCGUCAAUGCAAUAAGGCCGUGUAUAAAAUGGAAGAAAUAAUUCUACGAAUAAAAACUGAAACGGUUAUUUUUCACAAAACAUGCUUUCGUUGCAGAGAUUGUUUAAAGCAACUAAGACCGGAAAAUUCUCACUUUUACCAUGGAUGUCUAUACUGUAAUAUUCACUUUAAAUUAAUUUUUGCACCGAAGAUAAUUUACGAAGAAGAACAUGCACCAAGAAAGCCGGAACUGAUUAUAAGGGAAAAUGAACCCAAAGAAUUGCCAUCUGAGGUUGCUAGAGCGUCUGAUAAGCCAAACCUAGGGCUAGAAGAGCUACAAAAUAUUAAUGUUCGAUCAAAAUUUAAGGUUUUCGAAUAUGACUCUAAAACAAAAAACGAGAUUUCCGAGGAAUGUCAAGAUUUGGAUUUUUUACAUAAUAACAUUGGAAGCGAUGACGAAAACGACGUGGAAUUUAUACGUUCUGUCAAACUAGUAAAAAGGGAAACCCCUGUAGGAUUGGGGGACGCCAUUAAUGAUAUAAGAUCAAGAUUUGAACAAGGUAAAGUUUUGUCUAAAGAAGAAAGACGAGAAGAGACAAAACAAGAAAUACAAAAUAUUCGCUCACGUCUAUUUAUGGGUAAACAAGCUAAGAUAAAAGAGAUGUAUCAAUUGGCUGUUGCUGAAUCAAAACAAGGUAUGACAUCAGUGGGUAAGAUCCCGAAUGAUGAAGUUAUGGUAGAAACACGGUCAAUCAAAACUCGAUUCGAAAAUGGAGAACUUUUUAAGAAAAUCAGUCAACAAUCUAAAGAUGAAAGCCUAAUUGCAGAUGCAGAUGUUUUUGAAUCAGGCUUAGGAAGAGCAUCGCGGAGUAUUUUCAUGAAACUGGAUGCAAAUCAGGCUUCAAAUAUAAUAAAGAGUCAAGUUCAAACUAAACCAGAAAAAACAAUUAUGAACUCUGCAAAUGUUGGACCUAAAAAUCAUGAUAUUGAUGUUAUUAAAUAUGAUUACAAACCGGAUGAUGUUCAAAUUACCACCGAAAUAUUAACGGAAAGGUUUAACUUUUUUGAAAAGUUCCGCAAUAAUGAAAAAAGGCAGUAUGGCGUAGCACCCUCAGGAUUAGAUGAACAAAAAAUCUCACCAUCAUAUGCCGAUAGGGAAAACUUGGAACAAAAGCAGCUAGAAGAUACCAUUUUAGGAAAUACUCAAACUACUUCAACCAUUAACAAAUUUCGAGAAAUAUUUGAAAAAAAAAACAAUCCCUCAAUGGAGGAAAUAAAACCAAAGCCACUUAAAUGCUUCACUCCUCCACCUGAAAAUUUAAGCUUUUACAAUUCAAAAUAUUCUGAUGAAGAUAAUAAUAGUGAUGAUGAUACAGGAAUAAGUGAGGAUGAAGAAAAUAAUUUGGAAAACGAUUCUGAAAAAUCUCCAUAUAUGGAUCAGGCUCUUCAAGAUGCAAGAAACGCCGCCCGUGCUAAGCAAUUGCGAGCAAAAUUUGAAAAAUGGCAAAUUCGCGAAAUGGAAAAUGAAUUAAAUGAAGAUCGCGUAGAUGUUUACUCCCAACUUAUAUCAAAUGAAUCAAUUGAAAGUGCAAAAACUAUACGGGAACGCUUUGAAAAUAUGAAUAAUUUAGAAAGUCAUGCUGAGAAUGUACCACGGCACCCGAUAAAAAGAUUCGUUUAAUUUGAUGAUUACACACUUAUAAAUGCAGCCCAAGAAAAAUUGGUCACAAUCGCUAACAUUUAUGAUACAUGUAUUGUGAAUUAUGAUAUAAUAUUAAAUAUUUGUCUUAAUGAAUAAAUUUUUAAGGUUUUUAUCGUCUUUCGAAAACAAA